AUGGAGGAAGAUGUUCAUCAUGAUGUGAUACUAAAUCGUCUUGAUUUACUUGUUUAUUUGGAUUGUGUUGUUAAAGAAAUUUUACGUUUUUCUCCACCUUUGGAUGGAGGGGCUCGAACAUUAACUAUGAAUGAUCGAUUACCAAACAGUGGUAUUCAAUUGUAUACAAGUGAUCAAAUAAUUAUUCCCAUAUGGAUUCUUUCAAAAGACCCACGAUAUUGGUCGAUCGAUCCCGAACUAGUCUAUUCAGAAAGAUUUUGA